CUUUCUUGUCAGCUUGUUUUUUUUGUAAACACAAGCUGCACAAAGCUAACCCCAAAGCUCUUGCAAUAUAUAUUUCUUUUCUUGCUCAACAGUUAUGUCGGUUUUGUAUAUUUAAUAUAUAUGUGUGACAAAAAAAAAUAUUGCAAAGCAGAUUAAAAAAUCGUAUAAAUUGCUCAUUAUGGCGUUGUCAAGAGAAUUAUUAAAGCGAUUAAACUCGGAUGACUAUCCUUUGGCGAAGCGAUUAAAAUUAGCGGAAACAGCUUUUUGUACGGUGGAUUUGCCACUCACUCGGAAAGAGGAUUUACUUCUGAAGUGGCUGUGCAAUAGUUGUGCUACGAAUCAACAUGCUUGGCAAACUUUGAAUAAUUGUUUGAAGUUUGACCAUAUCAAUAUUAGGCCCGAUGUAAAACAAUGUUUGAUCGAUGUACUUGUGCAAACAUUAGAGAGCGAUAUGGAAAACAUAUAUGAGGAGGUCCUCCAAUGUUGCACUUUAGUUCUCACUAAUAAUAGUAUACGACAAUAUUUUACAAACAAGCCGAAGAUUCUAGGUCUGUUAAUGAAAGCCCUGUUAAACAACGUGUUAAAACGUUCCAGCUAUGGUAGUGUCACGCAAGAGGAAUGCAGUCAAUUGUUUGAGCCAUGUAAAUUGUCUCCAACCGAAAAUAAUGCUAUAAUAAAUAUUAUCGAAAGUCUAAUGCAAAUAUAUAAACAGCUAAUUACUACGAAAGAUGAACUGAGAUUAAUUUUUAUACAGGAUAUUUUAUAUCCUAUGUGCAGUUUGGUUGAUCACACGCAUACAGACAAUAAAAACCAGCUUGGUAUAGCAGCGUAUAAGUGCAUCCAACAGUUGUUGUUAGGAAAAAGCAAAUCUAUACAAAAUAAACAGAUUGUAGAAAGUAAUCAAGCAAUGUUCUCAGACUUAUUUUGUGUGUUAUCCGAACACGUGAAGACAUCAAAUCUUCAGAGCAAUCUUUUAACUUAUCAAUUUAUUUUCCGUACCAUAAUAGGUACUUAUAAAUCGAAUGCUGCUUUGUUGGAUAUGUUCUUUAGAAAUCUAAUCAACUCCUCUGGAAAGUAUAAGUGGGAAAUCAUGGAUUCUUUCCUCAAAUUACUGAAUGACAUAACGCUCGAUUUUGAUAAUAUUAUAGAUGAUAUAACAUUGACCGAGUACUUCCAGAAUUUUAUAAGUGAGAUUUUGACGCUCGACGACGUAACACGUGUGCAUUAUAGAGUGCUUGCACAACUUUCGUAUAUCAAUCCACUUUUGAUAGAGAAAAACAUCUCAGAUAUCUUAAAUAAGAUACUUAUGAAAGAACAAACUGUUGAU